GGGAGAAGUCGAUAGUUCUCCACCGAGUGCACAAGUAGAUACAUCAAAUAAUACUGCUACACGUAACACUGAGAGUGUACCAGUGCAGACAGUACCUCGUCGUAGUGGGAGUGUUUCUCAGUUACCCGACCAAUGGUUAGGUCUUGGACAGUCUAAGGGCUCAGUUCCAGUAAACCUAGAAUUGGACCCAAGAACCUACAAUGAGGCACUCGAAAAAAAAGAUGCAGAUUCAUUGAAAUUUGCAAUGAAUGCUGAAAUGGGGUCUGAUAUAGGAUAUUAUAUACUCAAGGAUAAACCGGCCUACUUGGCCGGUAGAGGAGGCCAAAUCGAAAGCAGGCCGAGCCAAAAAGGCGGGAGAGUUGACGCUCGAGCAGCUCAAGGCUCGAACAGACAAGCAAUCGAGCAGUACAAUGCUCGAUCAGGUACAUCGAGCAGUCUAUCAUUCGAUCGAAUAAGUGAUCGAGCAAGCUA